CUGCCAGGGGGAAUGCUCUGGGUGUCCUGUCAUCUCAAUCCCCGGCCGUUCUAUAUAUGGAAUCAUUCGGCAAGAAGCGGAGUCUGUCAGAACCCAAUUCAAACUUUGGGUCGCAGUCUGGCACUUGCCGUCUGUGGCUUGUUGCCAUGAUUGGCACACGCCCCGGCGGCAACCUUCACCGUGGCUCCGGUGAGGUUCUGAUGGAGGAGCGGGAUCGGACACGAGAUGGACGCUCUGCCUUCCCAAAGAGUCAGAGCCCGGCAUGUGCACCAAGCUAGGACUUGCUGGACUAGCCUGCCCAGAGCAGUGGCACCCGUGGCAUGACAAUAUUGAACCUCAUCGAAGGAUCCGCGUAUGUGGCCCCUCAGAAUACAACCCUUCAUAGCCUCCCUUGAGGAUACAGCAUCGUGUCCUGUAUUGGUCAUCAUGCGCUUGGCUUGCUCCUCCUUAGCUUGAUGGUGCAGGGCUGGGCCAGAUGGGGCGACGAGUCGGGCUUGGUGUAGAGGCUUCCUUCACUAGCACGUGUCGGAAAGUGCCGAGCGGCUCCUUUCCUUGCCGGACAGGCAGCAGACGGUGCGCGGAAACUGCGGAAGGAUGAUGUUGCUAUUUGGGACUUGGCGUUGUCCAACAAACCCC